AUGCGCCUUUGGAUAGCGCCAUUGGCUUUAUGGAUAUCGAUUUUUGCUAACGAUUUUGAUCAUGAUUGCCAAGAUCCACACGAUCCAAAAUGUCCCGACUCUACUCACACAGUGAUUCGAUUGAAAAGAAGAGACGAUGAAUUAGCGCAUCAGAUUGCGAAGAGACACGGGAUGGUUGUCAAGGGUGACGCUUUUAUGGACAAUCACUAUUUCUUGUAUCAUGACGAUUCGGAGUUGUCAAGAAGGCGGAAAAGAGCGAUUACAGAGCAAUUGAAUGAGCAUCCAGCUGUUGAAUGGGUUGAAGAGCAACGACCGAAACGGCGAACAAAGCGCGACUAUGUCUACAACGAUGAAGUACGAGAGCAAUCGGCUUUAUUGAGUCGAUCGGUGAGACAAACGGCACAUCAAGUGUUGAAGAGACAAGCACCGUUGGAGAUCCCGAGACUACCAUUUUCCGAUCCAUUAUACAGAGAUCAAUGGUAUUUGAUUGGUGGAGCCGUUGGUGGAUUCGAUAUGAAUGUGCGGGAGGCGUGGUUGAUGGGAUAUGCCGGAAGAAAUGUUUCCGUCUCGAUUCUCGAUGACGGCAUUCAACGAGAUCACCCAGAUUUGGCGGCCAACUAUGAUCCACUAGCUUCUACCGAUAUCAAUGAUCAUGACGAUGAUCCAACGCCGCAAAACAAUGGAGAUAACAAACAUGGUACUCGAUGUGCUGGAGAAGUGGCGGCAAUUGCUGGGAAUAAUCAAUGCGGUGUCGGGGUGGCGUUCAAGGCGAAAAUCGGCGGUGUCAGAAUGUUGGAUGGCGCUGUCUCCGACUCGGUGGAAGCAGCUUCGUUGGCAUUAAACCAGCACCACAUUGAUAUUUACUCGGCGAGUUGGGGUCCGGAGGAUGACGGGAAAACAUUUGAUGGACCAGGGCCAUUGGCUCGUGAGGCUUUCUAUAGAGGAAUCAAGAAUGGAAGAGGCGGAAAGGGGAAUAUCUUCGUCUGGGCGAGUGGAAAUGGUGGAUCGAGACAAGACUCCUGUUCGGCUGACGGGUACACGACCUCGGUGUACACUCUCUCAAUCUCAUCAGCCACUUUCGACAAUCACCGACCCUGGUAUUUGGAGGAAUGUCCAUCAUCCAUUGCCACCACAUACUCCUCAGCGAACAUCAAUCAACCGGCUAUUGUGACCGUCGAUGUUCCGUCAGGUUGUACAAAAAUGCAUACAGGUACUUCGGCAUCGGCUCCACUUGCAGCUGGGAUCAUCGCUUUGGCACUCGAAGCAAAUCCUCAACUCACUUGGCGUGACAUGCAGCAUAUCGUUUUACGAACGGCGAACGCGAAGCCACUUCUCAACAAUCCCGGAUGGUCGAUCAAUGGUGUUGGGCGACAUAUUAGUAACAAAUUCGGCUACGGUUUAAUGGAUGGUGGAGCGCUGGUGAAAGUGGCGAAAACGUGGCGCCAAACACCUGAGCAACACAUUUGUACGUAUGAGUACAAAUUGGCGGCACCAAACCCCCGUCCAAUCACCGGUCGUUUCCAAAUGAACUUCACGUUGGACGUGAAUGGAUGCGAGUCGGGCACCCCGGUGCUUUAUUUGGAGCAUGUGCAGGUGCAUGCCACUGUGCGCUACGGAAAGCGUGGCGAUCUCAAGCUUACCCUGUUCUCUCCAGCUGGUACUCGUUCUGUCCUUCUUCCCCCGCGUCCACAAGACUUCAAUGUUAAUGGCUUCCACAAAUGGCCUUUCCUCUCAGUGCAACAAUGGGGCGAAGAUCCAAGAGGUACCUGGGUACUGAUGGUCGAGUCGGUGACAACGAAUCCGAAUCUUGGAGGUACUUUCCACGACUGGUCCCUUUUGCUAUACGGUACAGCGGAGCCAGCACAACCGGGUGAUCCAGUGCAUCCACCAUCUCCAUCUCCACCAAUCAGUCGAGUCGUUUCUCAGCUCACUUCACAGCGUGGGCGUCUGUUGGCCUUCUCACGUAUGCGACAAUUUCAUUUGCCAAAUCGAAACACGGGUCGUCUCGUGGCGUCAAGGCCAAGGAUUUUCCCACAACAGCAAAGGCCAAUCCAGCAGCAGCAAGUGCAACAAGGGCAACAAGGGCAACAAGUGCAAUCGUUCGCAAAUCUGCCUGCAAUGGGUCAAUGGUGGUUUGACGCGACAAGGCAGCAAUGGAUUUGGAUUACUCCGCAGCGAUCAUCGCCUUGGUUUAAACGAAAUCGUCGACGUUAUAGACGUUUU